AUGGCCAUGAAAACUUCGGGCGGCAAUGCCGCAUUCCAUAACUUCCACAAUGACUUCGCUCACAUCCAGGACCCCAAUGAGCGACGACGACUGGCCCUCGCCGAAAUUGACAAGGCUCCCUUUGGCUGGUACCAUGUCCGCGCCAUCGUUGUCGCCGGUAUUGGUUUCUUCACUGACGCCUACGACAUCUUCGCUAUCAACUUGGUCACGGCCAUGUUGGGUGUCGUUUACUGGCAAGAUGCACCAAACCCCAAGAACGCCGGAAAGAUUCCUUCCAACUCCGAUACUGCCAUCAAGGUCGCCACUUCCGGUGGUACCGUUCUUGGUCAAGUGGGUUUCGGUUGGCUCGCCGACAUCGUCGGCCGCAAGCGAAUGUACGGUCUGGAACUGAUCGUGAUCAUUUUCGCAACCCUCGCCCAGGCACUCUCCUCCGACUCUCCUGCCAUCUCCGUUGUGGGUCUCGUCAUCUUCUGGCGUGUUAUGAUGGGUGUCGGUAUUGGAGGUGACUAUCCUUUGUCCUCAAUCAUCACCUCGGAAUUCGCCACCACCAAAUGGCGAGGUGCCAUGAUGGGUGCUGUCUUUGCCAUGCAAGGUAUUGGUCAGUUCACCGCUGCCGUGAUUGCCCUGAUUGUCACCACGGGCUUCAAGCAAUCUCUACUCACUGCAGAGACCGUGGACCUUUGCGACGGGGUUUGCCAACUUGCUGUGGAUAAGAUGUGGCGUGUCAUCAUUGGUUUCGGCGCUGUGCCAGGCUGCAUUGCCUUGUACUUCCGUCUCACCAUCCCGGAGACUCCACGAUACACCUUUGAUGUUGCCCGUGACUCUGAAAAGGCCGUCGAAGACGUCAAAGCCUACCGAUCCGGUGCCCGUGAGGGUCAUCCAGACGAGGUCAGCCGAGCCGCCGUUCUCCAAGACUCUCGUGCCCGUCUCGAUCCUCCCAAGGCAUCCUGGUCCGAUUUCUGGAGACACUACAGCCAAUGGAAGCACGGCAAGAUUCUCAUCGGAACGGCUGGUUCAUGGUUCUUCCUGGAUGUCGCUUUCUACGGCCUUGGUCUCAACAACUCUAUCAUUCUCAGCGCCAUCGGUUAUGCCCACGGUGACAAUGUUUACCAGAUCUUCCGCAACACCGCCAUUGGUAACUUGAUCAUUGUCUGCGCAGGUGCCAUUCCGGGUUACUGGGUGACUGUCGCCACUGUCGAUACCCUUGGUCGCAAACCGAUUCAAUUGAUGGGAUUCACUAUCCUGACCAUCAUUUUCAUCAUCAUCGGUUUCGCCUACGAUAAACUAAGCGAAGGUGGUCUCCUCGCUCUUUAUGUCCUGGCUCAGUUCUUUUUCAACUUUGGCCCCAACGCCACCACCUUCAUUGUUCCCGGUGAAUGCUUCCCUACCCGAUACCGAUCCACAUCUCAUGGUAUCUCCGCCGCCUCUGGCAAAGUUGGUGCCAUCAUUGCCCAGUGCGUGUUCGGCCCUCUCCGAACCAAGGGUCACCCGACCGAGGACAACCCAUCCCCAUGGCUCGACCACGUCAUGGAGAUCUUCGCUCUCUUCAUGCUUUGCGGUGUCUUCACCACCUUGCUCAUUCCUGAGACCAAGCGCAAGACCCUGGAGGAACUCGCUGGUGAGGUCCCAGGUACCAAGAACUAUGAUCCAGAGACGGCCGGUCACCGCAAAGAAUCCUACGUCGCUGCUCAACCUUCCCCCAACGAAACUACCGAGGAAGUUCCCGAGAAGCAGGUCUAG